ACAGAAAAAAAUGCAGUUGGUUUCAAAUAUCUCAUUUUUUGCCAUGUUUGUGAUGUACUUUAUGACUGCCAUAUUUGGCUAUUUGACUUUCUACGACGAUGUGCAGUCAGAUCUGCUUCACAAGUACCAGAGCAAAGAUGACAUCCUCAUCCUGACCGUGCGCUUGGCCGUGAUCGUUGCAGUGAUACUCACGGUGCCGGUGCUGUUUUUCACUGUGCGUUCAUCGUUAUUUGAACUGGCUAGGAAAACAAAAUUUGACUUAUGUCGUCACGUUUUGGUUACUUUUGUUCUUUUGGUUAUCAUCAACCUGUUAGUCAUUUUUAUCCCCACCAUGAAGGAUAUUUUCGGAGUCGUAGGGGUCACAUCUGCUAAUAUGCUGAUUUUCAUUCUACCUUCCUCAUUGUAUUUAAAAAUUACACAGCAGGAUGGAUCAAAAUUGACUCAGAGGAUUUGGGCUUCUCUUUUCUUGGCACUGGGGAUAAUGUUUUCCUUAGUGAGCAUUCCCUUGGUCAUCUAUGACUGGGUACAAUCGGGAGGCAGUGCCGAAGGCCACUGAAGUUCACCUCCUCCUGAAGACACUCCUGUUUGCUACACACCAAAAUCGCAGCCAUCCGUUCUGUUAUCUAUUCCAUCUUUUGUGAGUUAACUCAAAUCAAAUCCAAAUAAUGAUUAUCCAGUACUGAAAAUACUGUUAUGGGUGUAUUUUCUUGCAGAAAACAGACCCAUUUUUCCAAAAGGCAUAUCACUCUGUCCCCCAGUACUGAGUUAUCAGAUCAGCCUAAAGUCUGUGUUAAUUGUAAGACUAUAUAGAGCAUUGCUCAU